AAGCGAAAGACAAAUGUGACUAAUACCCAGGUCAGACAUUCGCGCCUCAUCGAUGCAUGUCCGGUAUGAAAGAGUUACAUUUGUUCGAGCAAGUCGCCCGACCUGGAUGGAUACACAACAGCUUCCACUGAAAACAGACAAAUAGUUCUUCCAUAUAUAUCAGUGAUGAUCAAUUACUAAAGGGCGAUAAUUUAAAAGUUUAUUCAACAAAGUUUGUUACGUUUGUAACGAGGUGGCGCUGUAGUCCGUACAAAAGCACCAAUCAGAUAUUUAAAUGUUGUUGAGGCGUCAUAUUUGAAUGUUUUCCAGUUUAUCAUGAUUUAUUAAAUGAUUCUCGAUACACAUUAGCUAGAAAGUAAAUCUCAGAACAAGCCACUGAAUAUGACGAAUAACACAGGGGUAAAAGUAGUUGUUCGUGUUCGACCAUUAUCUUCAAAAGAAAAUGAGGGUUCAACUAGGACUGUGGUCGAGGCCAUAAAUGACCAUAUCCUGGUAUUUGAUCCUGCCGAUGAUAGAUGUGAAAUAAAUGGUAUGUCAACUUCGAAAUUUGUGCGAGGAGAUAUUACAAGACGACGGAACAAAAACUUAACUUUUGCAUUUGAUCAUGUGUUUGGUCCAGAGAGUUCGAAUGUCGAAAUAUAUGAACACACAAGUAAAGUAAUACUUGAUGGAUUACUUAAUGGUUACAAUUGUUCAGUAUUUGCUUAUGGUGCUACUGGUGCUGGGAAAACAUAUACCAUGCUCGGUACCAAUGACUUUCCUGGAAUCACAUUCCUCACUCUUAUGGACCUUUAUCAGAGAAUAGAGGCAAUUAAAACUGAAAAAAGCUGUGAUGUUGCCGUUUCUUAUUUAGAGAUCUAUAAUGAGCAAAUUAAAGACUUGUUGAAUUCAAAAUCUCAGUUACCAAUCCGAGAGGAUCCCAAAGCUGGUAUUAUAAUACCGGGUCUUACAUUACACAAACCUCAAGAUGAGCAGGAUUUGUUGAAAAUGUUAUAUUUUGGAAAUCAGAACCGUUCACAACACCCAACAGAUGCUAAUGCAGAAUCGUCUCGAUCUCAUGCUGUUUUUCAGGUGUUUGUAAAGCAGUCUGAUAGAACAGCUAAUUUAGUAAAAUCAGUCCAUAUUGCCAAAAUGUGCUUGGUUGACCUGGCUGGUUCUGAGCGUGGUACUGCAACAAGUAACAGGGGUCCCAGAAUGCGAGAAGGAGCCAAUAUCAAUCGGUCUUUACUAGCAUUGGGGAAUGUUAUUAAUGCACUGGCUGAUGAAAAGACUAAAGGUUAUAUUCCAUAUCGGGACAGUAAGCUGACACGUUUACUUAAAGACUCUAUUGGUGGCAACUGCAGGACAGUUAUGAUAGCUGCUGUAAGUCCAUCACAUUUAUCAUACGAAGAUACAUACAACACUUUGAAGUAUGCUGACAGAGCAAAACAUAUUCGAGUUAAUUUGAAGAAGAAUAUUAUGAAUGUGAAGUCUAACAUCAGCAAGUAUGGAAAAAUUGUUGAAGGUCUUCGAGAAGAGGUUCAGCAGCUUAAAACUAAAUUAAAGGAAUACGAAAGUGUAGAUUUGAAAGCAAGCAUACCCAAACUGCAAGAAUGUGAAGAAGAAAAAAGAUUACAAGAAAUCCUUUAUAAUUUAUUCACUGAAAGGAAGUCUAUUCGCAAAGAGAUCCUCAAGCAAGAAAGUGACCGACGUGCCAACCGCUGGAAAAUACACUGCAAACAGCAUCUUUUGACACAAAUGGAAGCUGAGGACCAGGGUGAAACUGAUGAACAUCUGUUAAAAAAAACUAAGAAAGCUAUUGAUUUAUCCAACAAAAGAAUAAAAAGCAUCGAUACUAAUAUUGCUAAUUUGAAAGAGAAAUUUGUCGAAAAUGAAAAACACUUGGAGCGACUUCAGGGAGAGAUGACACUGAAUGGAGAGAAGAAGAUAACAGCGCUCCUUGAGGAGAAACUACGAUCUCACCAUCUGGAAGUAGAACUGGGAGAUUCUCUCACUUACAUCAAUCACGUAAAGAAAAUUGCCAACUUUCAAGAGGUAGAGAAUAACUCGAAAGACAGGUUGAUAAACAGCAUGCAGCAAACAAUGACAAAAUUGUAUAAAACAGUUCAGCAACAUCAACUGCUUUCCUCAGAACUUCAAGUGGAUUAUAAUCAAACCAUGAGGCAAAGGUAUGGAGAAAAAGAAGUAGUGUGGGUUGAUGAGACUAUACUAAAAGAAGCUGACAAAAACCCAGAUUCAAUUUCACUUGAAGGUACUCUAGACCUUCCGACUCUCAGCCGAGUUGUUUUGUCACCCACCUUGGAUAAAAAUAUUAGACAAAGGAGGGAGUCUUUAACUCCUAUUUUGAAAAAAACAAAAUGCUUUCUUAAUUCGAAAUGUAACACUCCUAUGAGUCAAAUUGAUCAAACUCCUAAAAUGCAAAGGAGAGAAGAUUACACUUCAAGGAAUUCUACCAUUACAAGUUCUACAAGAAAGCUGAAUAAUUCAACAGUAUCAGCAGUGGACCAGUCUUUAAAACGGCCAAGAUCUGAAGAGAGUAAAUCAGCACCAAAGACCUCUGAAAGAUUGGUGCUUGUUAGUAAUUCUGAUGGACUCAAAAGUCCCAGUGUGGAAAAUCAAAUCUCUGUAGUAAGUUCUAGUAUGAAAGAAAAUGAUCCAAGAAAAGAUACUGUUAGUGACGACGUGACAGCCCUUAAUAAUACAAUUUCAGAAGAAUCCGAAGUAGAAAACAUCAUCAAAGAUGUUUCAGAACCUAAGAAAUGGUGCUCAAUCGAUACUAUGAAAAGUCUUUCUGCGACAAUAAUAGCUACUACCCCCAAUAGAAGUCUGGCCAGUAUUGCCAGCAAAACACCAAGUCCUUUAGCACAACUGUUAUCUCCAGCUAUUCGACCUUCAACUAGAGAGGCCAGCCACUUAAAUUUAGCUGGCGGAGCCACAAUAACCAAAUCAAAACCAACUUUUCCUUUGAAAAUGUUAAAUAUAAACAAGCCAAAAGGUAUGAUUGUUAGCGCUAUGACAGCGUCAGCAAAGGAAAAUAUCAAGGAUUUGCAUCGCUAUAAAACAUCAUCAAUGUUUGAAAGAAGUACAGUAUUUGCAGCUAAGAAACUCCAAAGGAGUGAUUCCCAGAAACUGAAAUCUCUACACAAAUUUCCGAUGCGUUUAGGACCACAGGGCAUUAAAGAAUCACAGAUUACAUUAUCUUCAAGUAAAAAGCCCACCUCUUCCUCUUCAAAAUUCAUUGGGAAGCAAAGGUCAUUAUUUCGAAGCAAAUCUGUCAGUGAUCUGCGUAAUUGACCUAAAUGUGGACAUCAUAGGACAAAUCUGAUUUGCAACCUUGCCUCCUGGUUACAAUUUUUCAAGCUUUUUACUCAACACAAAUUAAUAUUUUCGUGAUUUGGUGUUUUAUCUCCUCAAAAGUUCUCUACGCAUUUCACCAAUUCUUUUUAAAUGAUAAAGACAAUGUUUGUCUUAAGAUAAGCUGAAGAAUUUCGCAAAAAUCUCAAUAGAGAUUAGAGGACCAUGAGCAGAGUAUAUCAAAACAAGUAAAGAUUUUAACAUUAUAGUCCCCAAUAUCUUAAAGAUGUCAGAUCAUAGUUUACUCUCUUAGCUCUUGAUCUGUGUGCAUGUGGGUAUGUAUAUAUGUACAUAUGGAAUCAUAGAAUAAAAGACUGUCCUUUCUGUGAAAGGGCUUAUAUCUUGCUCUAAUGGAAACUUUUGUAACUAAACAAACCUUCUGUUUUGGAAUACACGCAUACAGACACACAUACACACAUGUGGAUAAUACAUACAUAUAUAUAUGUAUGUAUGUAUAUAUGUGUAUGUAUCCUAUUUAUAAUAUUUCAGGACUAUGUUGUGAGGUCAUUAUUGUUUUAAUGAAAAUGAUAUAAAAAAAGAAAUCUCAUGGGCCAAAUGUACAGACAUAUAGCUGAUUCCAUGAAAAGGAAUUUUGGAACCCAUGAUCUCAGAUUUUCAUCAAAUUUUGACCAGUUCUUUCUAUCGGUAAGAACAGAAAAAGUGCAAAAUUUCAGACUCAAUCUCCCAAAGGUAUGCCGAUUUGAAAUUUGACUCAAAUCAUUCACUUUUAGGCCUUGAAUUUGAAAGCCACAAUAAAUGAUGUAAUUACUCUCAAUCCACAUGGACUAUUUUUCUGAAAAUUUGUGAAUUUCUGUGCUGAAUCUGAAUUUAAAGAGAAAAGAGUGUAUUUCUCAUGGCAAAGUGCUUGUUUUCUUGAAUCAAAAUGAAAACACUUCGUUUUUUUUUCUUGAUACUGCUGUGUGCUGAAAGUGAAAUUCCCCGAAGUGCCCAAAUCCUACAUCUUCAAAACAGUUUGCUCAUAAACUGAACAUAAUGUUUUACUUGUGUGCAUCCAACAUUGAAGGCAAGUCACAGUUCAAGAGGUAAUAAUGCGACAAAUAUCAUUUUCAGACUUAAUAUUGCUUACAUAUAACAUUUCUGAGUCAUAUUAAUCCUGUUGUGAUUGAGGGACUUUGUACCCUCCUGUCCACACCAAAUUUUCACAGGUUCCAGGAAUGUUUAUACCAUGACAAAACUCUACACACAUUGUCAUGCUCUUUUCCACUCUCACAAAAUCUUUUUUCCUGGGCAUUUUUCAGGAAAAUUCAUCAUCACAAAAGAAAGUUGUAGUUGCAUCAAGAAUCUCUUGAUUGAGCCUCUGUCGUGGAGCAAUAUCAGGACAUCCAGUGAUGCCUUUAUCAUCAUGCAGCAACCUGGCUUUUUGAAUGGUACUUUUUGACACAGAAUUCUUUUGCAGCUUUUCUAAUAGACCAAGAAUUUGGAACCAAAGUCAAGAUCUGAAUUUCUUGCCUUUGCCCAAUGCUUUUAAUUUUUUCCUUCAUACACUGCACCAAGUAAUCUAGAUCAUUUGCUUUUGACUGUGUCUCUUUGCCAAUGUUCACUAGAUUUUCUUCUUGAAGAUCAGAAUCAUUGACUUUUAGCACACAAACAAGUUUUUUUGCGACUGCUUUCUCAACUUGCUUCAAUGUUUUCAAAUGAUAGUCUUUGCCAUGCAAUACACUCACAGUGCAUGAUGUUUUUAUUUUGGACCUUCUUAUCAGGAAUUUUGGUUAUCUGUGUGGAAUUUAAAAUAUAAUAUUGAGGCAACACAUUGAUAAGAGACAGUCACAGGUUAAUACUUUAAUUGGAAAGGCUGAAGGAAGCCCGACUGAAAUUUGAAUUCAUACUUCAAUCUCUUGCCCUGGUGAUCAAAACACAGAGAAGCUGAAGAAAAUUCAUUAAAAUCACAAAUGGGGCUUCCCUUUUCAUGACAGGGAAACAUGCCGAUCAAGAUGAAUGCUUACACGUGAUGAACUGACAACACAACACAACUCAAACCAACACCAGAAUCACCUGUGCUGAUAUGAACAUUGUGAGAACAGGAUUUGAAGAAGAAAACAGGAUGUGACAAUUUCAUCUGACUUCUGUGUUUACUGUGAUUGUGGUUGGAAAAUAUCAAAUGAAUGGCUCAACUUGGUGGUUUGUAACUUUUGAUGUUUUGAGAGUACCAUUAAGAUUUUUUCACACACAAGUAAAAGAUUAUGUC